CCGAAAACCAAUCCAGUACAACUAUAAAAAAGAACACAAACCUAAAACCCUAAUUAUUCCCGUUUUACUCCGCCUCAUAUCUCCACGCAACAGGCAUGGCUACCAAGCAGCCAAAUACUGGCCUCUUUGUGGGACUGAACAAGGGCCACGUUGUAACCAAGAAGGAGUUGGCUCCACGUCCCUCUAAUCGAAAGGGAAAAACUAGCAAAAGAGUCCAUUUUGUGAGGAACUUGAUCAGGGAAGUUGCUGGGUUUGCACCUUAUGAGAAGAGGAUCACUGAGCUUCUGAAAGUUGGUAAGGACAAGCGAGCUCUCAAGGUAGCUAAAAGAAAGUUGGGAACUCACAAAAGGGCAAAGAAGAAGCGUGAGGAGAUGUCUAGUGUUCUCCGCAAGAUGAGGGCCCAUCCUGGAGGUGGAGAAAAGAAGAAGUGAAGCUUAUUUUGUUGAUUUGCUCUCUGGUGACAUGCUCGAUGGUCUCAUAUAGGGGCUGUCAGAGAUGUUUGUUUAGUAUAUGUUUUUAUUUAUUUUUAUACUGUUUGAGAUUAAAAACUAUGCUUCGAAACAAGUUUUGUUUGAAUUAAUUGAGAAAUUGGAAGUAGUAUUGUCUUUAAAA